GAUCUGGCAAAAAGAAUUAAUCUUGGUAAUGCUCUCUUCACAUCUCUUCUCUUCAAGCUUUUAGUGCUACUGUCAAGACACACAUCACCCCUACUUUUAAAGAAUUAAAAAAAUGCCCUUGAAAAAUGGGAUCAUAAUGUUCUGCCUUUUGUUCAGAGAACUUACUUUUAGCUUUAUAAGUUGAAACACUUUCAGCAACUUCUGAUUUCUUGCACUUUCUGAGAAAAUUACAGCAACACGAGGGAUAUUUAGGUCACUACCCAUGAUUUUGUAUUAGUCUCUGCUUAUUAACUGGUAAGGUUAAGGUAGUUGAAGCACAAGCUACCAAGAUUAAUAUUUAUAGUAUGAUACCAAUAAAGACACACUGGAGUUUGUUGGGUCUUGAGGAAGCAAAGAGGCUUCAUGUCUCGUCCAGUGUGCUAAUACAGCUUCUCCUCAUCGAAAGAAGAGACAACCAGAUGCCUAGCUUAAACUCCACGUCUUUGCUUUCUUCCGAACAACCAACACGACCAAGGCGAGCUGCAGCCUUCUCUAUCUAACAAACAGAUUGUCUGUUUCAUUCAAGUUGAGUAGCCUUUUUCCUAAAUAUGCGUGCUUGAACCAAUGAUUUUCUCUAUUUUAGAUCCAAGCUAUUUCAGUUGAUCACUUCUAACAUGCUACUGUGUCAUUUGUUCAUCAGCUUUGUCUCUUCCAUUUGGUUCCUUUUCCCCCAAAAUUGUACUACUUUAAGAUACAUCUUUGAGGCUCCUUGGUUACUAACUUCUGUUGUUUUAGAUAUUGAGUGAAGGCACCAGAGGCCAGAAUGAUUGCUGAGGGAGGUUAUUUUGAUGGUUCCAGAGAUGCUAUCCUCAUGGCAGGAUCACUGAUUCACGAUUCCCUGGACUCUAUUUGUGACAAUACAGAGAUUGAGCAAGGAAACUUCCACGGUCCCUCCUUUUUCAUAGAAGAUAUAUGCAAUCCAACCAAUCUUACCUCUGAGUCUGCACGAACAAUCAACCAUAUACAACAUCGGGCUGAAUUUGACAUGGAUCAGGAUCUUCACGGCCACAUGAUACAAGAGACCCAGGUAGAAACUUCAAAUUGGGUUCCUGCAAUGUUCGGUACCCAAAAUCAUAUCAUCAGCCAACAGUCGAUUGAACAACAAAUGGAUGACUAUGAUGCUGCAUCAUAUCCAGAUGGUGCUCACACAGCUGCACCUGAUCUCCUAAAUCUUCUACAGAUCCCAAGGUACAGUAUGACUACUGCAUUCCCUUCGACAGAACAUAUCUUUGGUGAUCCAGGGCAGAAUGCUGGCAACCAAUUGGACAUCAACAAUGAUGUUCUGGGAAGAGCAAUUCAUGACAGUGGGAUGAUGCUCGGUGAUUCAACUCUACCAUUACAAUAUAAUGACAAUCAAUCUCACCUAUUCAAGGAUCUCUAUCAUUCACUUCCGCAAAGUUUUGGGCUGUUCUCCAGUGAUGAUGAGAGAGAUCGGGCGAUGGGGGUAGUAGGAGCUGCAGGAAAUAUUCUCCAAGAGAUAGACGGGAGGCAGUUUGGUAGCCCAAAACUGGGAAGAAGUAAGAAAGGUGGCUUUGGCAAGGCAAAAGCUAACUUUGCAACUGAAAAAGAGAGGAGGGAGCAGAUAAAUGUGAAAUAUGGGGCUUUAAGAUCACUGCUGCCAAGCCCUACGAAGAAUGACCGAGCCUCUAUAGUUGGAGAUGCCAUCGAAUACAUCAAUGAGCUGAACAGAACAUUGAAGGAACUGACAAGUUUGGUGGAAGGCGAUACCAAACAUAGGAUGAAGAGGCUUAAGUUGGAUGAUGCAGCAUGUGACAACGGAGAAAGUUCGUCGCUGCAGCAAGUGAAGGACGAUCAGGACAGUCAGCUGAAUGGAGCUAUAAGGAGCUCAUGGAUACAAAGGAGGUCCAAGGAAUGUCAUGUUGAUGUCCGCAUAGUUGGUAAUGAGAUCAACAUCAAGUUCACUGAAAAGAAGAAGACUAAUUCUUUGCUUUGUGCUGCAAAGGUUAUAGAUGAGUUUCGUCUUGAACUCAUCCAUGUUGUUGGGGGGGUUAUUGGAGAUCAACGUAUAUUCAUGUUCAACACAAAGAUAUCUGAGGGCUCCUCGGUCUACGCCAGUGCGUUGGCUUCGAAGCUCCUCCGAGCUAUGGAGAUGGAGCACCUCGCUGUCGAUAUCUUCAGUUAGCUUAGCCACCAUGACGGAGAUUCACUGGUGCACCAGAAUGGUCCAUUAUGUUAGCCCUACCAUUACCAAAGUGUGAGCUUACUAGAAGUAACUAGCCGACCUAGAAAAUACUUUAUCUUCAGUGAGUGCUGCUGAAUUUUAUUUUAUUUUUCACGAACUGUCUUCUUGCACACUCGCUGUAAUGAUCUGAUGCUUCUGAUUACGAAUUCACAAAUUAACUUGCACAUGUCUUGGGUUGCAACACUUACUUCAAAGUUGAGCCCAAAAGGGGAGAUGGGACUGGUGCUUUAGAUUCUUACCACCUUG